UAACGCAGCUUCGAUUAAAAGUAUGCGAUUUCAUUAAUUUAACGUUAGUCUAAUGUGGUAUUAUGAGAAGAUGGGUUCUUUACUGACUGCCACAUUGAACCUCAUAGUUCUGUUGUCCUCAACAGCGUAUUCCAACGAAGCAGGCUACUAUGUAAUGUUGGUUCCUACCGUGAUUUACGAACAUUCUUCGGUAUCGAUAGGUAUAUCUACUGUGGGAUAUGAGAAAGAUGAGCAAUUCCAGGUGAAAUUGCAAAAGGCGGUAUACGAUGGUUACGUUCACGAUGUUGAAACUGCAGAAAUCAGUCAAAGCAGUGCUACGAACCAAGUUCAAAUGACAGUUCCAGCACUUGAAAAUAUACCUUACCAGUUUACAAUACACGGUCCUGGAAAAACCGUUGAGCGCAUUGAAGUGGAUAUCUCGAAGCAUCCAGUUAUAAUUCUUAUUCAGACAGACAAACGUCUGUAUAAACCAGGUGAUACAGUCAAGUUUCGUGUAUUAGUUGUUGAUCAUUUAACGCGACCAAUUAAGAAUUUCGAAAAACUCGACGUCCUACUGAAGAAUAGCAACAACAAUCUUAUAAGAAAAUGGUCCGAGGUAAAACUUCAUCAGGGAGUGUUUCAAUCGCAUAUAGAUUUGGCCAACUUCAUACCUCUCGGCGAGUGGACUCUCAAAGUUGUGGCGCCAAAAGGUGUACAAGAGACGAAAACUUUCACCGUUGAUGAAUAUGUACUUCCACUGCACGAAAUAAGCAUUGGCACCUCAAAAAGAGUUUCAAUGCGGGACGAAACGCUGGAACUGAUUAUUGAUGCAAAAUACACUUUCGGUAAACCGAUCAAGGGUGGUGCCAUAUCUCUAGCUUUCAAUGGAGUUCAUCAUUCUGACGAAUAUGAAAUUAACGGGCGGUCAAUAGUCAGUAUUCCCAUGAAGGAUGUAGUAGACGUGAAAGGCAUAAACCACGACGUUUACUGGUUUGAGGUUGACGUUAAUAUAACAGAAUCAGUAUCCGAACAAGUUUACACAGCAAGGGAAGCUAUACAGAUUCACGAAAGACCUUACAAAAUAUGGCUGAAAAAAUCUUCUGAAUAUCUCCUGGAUGAACAAUUGGUUCAUUUUUGGAUUACGGUCACCGACCCAGAUGGAGUGCCACUUACAAACCCAGGGCUUAUGAAUAUAUCCGUUCUUACGGUACCACGAUAUUGGCAUGACAAUUACCAUGAAUAUUUUGAAAGGAAGCCGGAUGAUGAAGGCAUUAUAGAGUUACGAGUAAAGUCCACUCGCUCAACCGAUCGGAUCGAGGUAGAAGUUACAUACGAUGGAGUACAGAAUAAAAUCGAAAUCCAUCGCAAAAAUGAUUCCGACGAUAAUCAGCCAGAUUUUUUCAAGGCUUCUUUGCUAGUUCGCAAACCUCUUUUGAAUAAACAGGUUGCAGUUUUGGUGCAAAGCUCGUUUCGAAUGAAUGAAAUCAUUUUUCACGUGGUAUCACAAGGAGAAAUCAUGGCCGGCGGUAGAGUUACCGUCAAACGUAAAAGAACUGCCAAUUUCGGUUUUUUGGCAACAUUUCCCAUGGUACCGGAGGCCAGCCUGGUCGUAUUUGCCAUUAACAAAGGUACACUUUGGACAGAUGUUAUUAGAUUCAAGGUGUACGAUCUGAACAAUCAGGUUGACAUAGAAAUUUCCAGCAACAAUACAGAACCGCGAUCUCGGAUCGAUUUAAAUAUGAAAUCAAAGCCAGGUUCAAUGGUAGGGUUACUGGCAGUCGACAAGAGCAUACUUCAACUGCACACUGGAAAUGGCAUCACUCAGCAGUUUGUAUACGAACAACUCGGUAAAGAAAGGAUUCUUGGAGGCAUUAAUUUACAGGUAAGCAAAGCUGCACGUCAAUCCAUCGGAAAAAAUUUUUAUGAUGAUGGGAAUUUGAAACUGGAAUGCAUCGUACCGGAUACUAUAACCGGAUGGUCAAUCAGCGCCAUUGCAAUCAACGCGGCCCAUGGAUUGGGAGUGAUAAAAAGUCCAGUGUCCUUAGCCGUACUGAAAUCCUUCUUCAUUACGGUAAACCUGCCGUAUUCGAUCGUGAAAACGGAAACCGCCACCGUAGAAGUUUUUGUACACAAUUAUUUAGACCACUAUCAGUAUGUGACGGUUCGAGUGCAGAACGAAUAUGAAGAUUUCCAGUUUGUCGAUGAAAAUGAUGCAGUUAAAUCGAACCUGGAAGAUUCCAAAAUGGUUACGGUAGCAAAUAACAGCAUUCAAAAAGUGACAUUUUUAUUGAAACCAACGCAAGCUGGGAACCCUAUCAUUACAGUGCUUGCAAACAGUUUGACCGAGCCAGAUGCCGUACAACGAAACCUGCGCGUUACACCAGGUGGUUUGCAGUACUUUGGCAAUACAGCAAGAUACAUCGAGGUAGACAACUCAUUAUUGUCGUAUGAUCCCAUCCAUCUAGCAAUACCAAGAGCUGCUACGAACGGAUCGGUUUCAAUUACAUUAUCAGUUGAAGGAUUUCUGCUGGGAGCAGCCCUAAACAACCUUGACCAUAUCAUUCGAUUGCCAUCGGGCUGUGGCGAACAAAACCUACUUCAUUUGGUACCAAGUAUAAUUGCUCUGGAGUACAUGGCCAGCACUGAUAUAUUAACGGAUGCUGUCAAAGCCAAAGCCAUUGAUUAUCUUGAGAAGGGGUACCAGAACCAAUUGAACUACAUGUUACGAGAUGGAUCAUUCAGCGUAUUUGGUGAAAGGGACAGACGCGGAAGUGUGUUUUUAACAGCAUUGGUUGCGAAAGUCUUUACUUUUGCUGCUAAACAUAUCACGGUCGAUAACAAUGUUAUUCUGCAUGCAUUCAAUUGGUUGCAGUGGAUACAAUCAACAGAUGGACGCUUCACAGAGUCUGGACGGCUAUUCUAUAAACCAUUACAAAGUGAUUUGCAAGAUGGCACAACCUUGACGGCGUAUGUUCUUAUCGCCUUCCUGGAACACAAAGUAUAUGCUAAGAAAUACUCGGAUGUUGUCAAGAAAGGUACGGAGUAUAUUGCUAGUCAAACAGAUGUGUAUGAAAGCCCAUAUAAACUCGCCUUGGUAGCAUACGUACUCCAACUUGCAAAGCAUCCACGGAGCAAAGAGUUCUUGGAUAUGCUUUUGGCAGUGUCGCAGCGUAACGAUGAUUCAUCGUUGCGAUGGUGGGACAAUGGAUCCACCAGUAUCGAGACUACAGCUUACGCACUGCUGACCUACAUGAGUAACGGAUCAUAUGUAGAUGCGAAGCCCCUCAUGAAGUGGCUCGUGUCUCAAAGAUACGACAAAGGAGGAUACGACAAUACUCAAAACACGUUUGUCGGUCUUCAAGCACUGGCUCAAUAUUCACGCCAAAUGUCUGUGAAGAAACAAAACUACGAUGUCAUCGUGUCUUAUGAUAGCGGGAAUCAUCGGUUGCACAUGGAUUCUAAGUCUACGAUAAAUGGUGGCCACAAGCUUGCAAUACCUUCGCAUGUACGGAAAAUUGAUGUAAAGGUUGAAGGCACCGGCGGAGGAGUGCUUCAAAUAGCGUACCAAUAUAACAAAGUGGCAUAUGAUAAUAUGUCACGCUUCACGAUUGAAAAAACUUUGAAAAAAUCUGCUAACGGAGGAAUAAUUCGAAUGCAUAUUUGCGCCAGUUAUCAUCCGAAAAGACUUGCCGAAGUAACUAAUAUGGUAUUGAUGGAAGUGUUAUUUCCCAGUGGGUACGUUGUAGCAAAUGAUAUAAUACAACGUCUUAAGGUAAACGAGGAAGUUCGAAAAGCAGAAACGGAAGACAAUGACACCCGGUUGAUCUUGUACUUCGACCCACUGCAGAAAGACAAAAGCGUAUGUGUCGAUGUGGAAGCUUUUCGGAAAUCAAUUGUUUUUAAUCAAGCUCCUGGCUGGAUCAAACUUUACGACUAUUAUGACCCCACCCGGGAAGCCAUUGAGUAUUUCGACCCCGUCGUUGACUAGGGCCAACGCUAGACCUGAGACCGGAGCAGAAUUGUAUUUCGCACAUUUGAACACUACCCAAAUGUUAAAGAGUUUCUGCAAAUCGUUUUGUAAAUCGAACUUAAGUAACUCAUGCUUAAUUUAAAAAUAUAUUAAAGAAAAUAAUUGUAUCACUACUGCUUUCGUUUAGGGUUCCAGCGAGUUUGUGUGAAAAAAAUAAUUAUGAAAAUCGACCGAGGAAGCAAUGAAAACGGAAAAAUAUGAAACUUUUUGGGGCACUUCUCUACUCUCUCUACCGUCCAACAUGUAAAAAAACCCAGUAGACAGGCAAUACGAUGUUUGCCUGGACAACUAAAGUUAAUCUAGGGUGUUUGACCCCAUUUCCGGCACAACAUGUAAACAAAAUUGUGCAUUACCUCAAUUCACAACGAAACCACCGUUUUCAUCCACUUCUUCAAUCUGAAUCAGAUAUCUUAUUGCGUAAAUUUGUUGUUAACACCUAUGUGCCUGUGCCUCAUUUUGCACCCUAUUUCAAAACUUUAAAAAUCUGAUUCUCAGCCGUUUCUCAACGAAAAUUUGUGAAAUUUUGACAGUUGAUCACAAAAUUCUUCUAGUUUAUGGAACCGGUAUCAUGGUUCCGAUUUUUUCCGUUGUUCCGGAUUUAUGGCCGUGGGUACUGGGGUAACCUCCUUAUCAGAUAGAGGUGCAACCUAUAAUUCACCUUCGAAAACUAGCUUGCGGCAUUCCAAACUUCAUGAUUUUGCAAAACAAGAGUAUUGGAGCAUAUUUCUAGAGAUGCUGAAUACACUGGCUACUUCUCCGGAUGUUCCGGAAACCUGGUGCCCUCAGGGAAGUGGCCACUUUCUGACCGGUUCUGAAACCUAGCUUGCGACAUAUCAAACUUCAUGAUUUUGCAAAACAAGACAAUUGAAACAUGUUUUGAGAGAUUUCGGAUACACUGGCCACAUCUCCGGAUGUUCCGGAAACCUGGUGCCACUUUCUGACCGGUUCUGAAACCUAGCUUGCGACAUAUCAAACUUCAUGAUUUUGCAAAACAAGACAAUUGAAUCAUGUUUUGAGAGAUUUCGGAUACACUGGUCACAUCUCCGGAUGUUCCGGAAACCUGGUGCCUCGAUAUCUGCGUUCACAAUUCCUACAUCACAUUCAUCGCUGCGCAUCCAAGCUACCUUGUGGGCGAUACUAGCAAAAAAACGAAAAUACCUUGAUUGGCUUUCGAAGGAACUAGCCGUAAAUCACGUGAGGACGAGACAACAGGACAGCACCCUACAUAAUGAUGUAAAGAAAAAAAUCGACAUAUUCAGCCACAAUUUUCUACGCAUGUACGGUGUUUGUUCACUUUGUGAAUCUAAAAUCGAUCUAAGGGAGUGUCCAUUAUGUAAGUCGGCUGUUUGUUCAUCACAUUAUCGAAAUGUUCAAUUGUACGCGUGUCCGGAUUGUUUGAACAAACAGCCAGAUUUUCCGGAGCUGAAAUUCGUGUCAAAAAAAAUCAGAAGAUGUGGAUACUGUCCACGACACCGUGACGUGAAAACUAUGAUCAGUUGCCUCCAUUGUAAUCGUCCAGUAUGCGAAAGGCAUUUUAAUAGAAGAGAAAACUGUUUCGAUGUAUGUCACAGAUGCUUGCUUUUGUGGGCUUCGUGGCCGUGCGGUUAGCGGCGGCGGUCGUCUAGGCGUAUCGUAAGCCUCGGAGUGUGGGUUCGAUUCCCGCUCCAGUCGGUGGAAACAUUUCGUCAAACGAAAAAUUCAUCACUGGGCCACUGGGUGUUCUGUGUGUUGUCCGUUGUCUAGUGUAAGUAAUGUGUUCAGUCUGUGCAGCCUCUGGCUGAAGACGGUGUGAAUUGUCUUUAAUAAACUAUUUUCAGGUAAGUGACCAAUUCAUCUAGCGUAUCUAAAAUCUAUACAAACGCAAUCCAUUAGUCUUGUUUUACAAAAUCAUGAAGUUUGAUAUGUCGCAAGCUAGGUUUCAGAACAGAUCUGAAAGUGGCCAUUUCUUUGGGGACACCAGGUUUCCGGAACAUCCGGAGACGUGG